CUUCCUCCAACUUGACGUGCAGGUACACGGAUUUGGUCGAAAACUUUACUGAAACUGUCACUUUGGAGCCGAGCUCUCACAGAAAGCCUUUCAAAAUGGAUUAGAAACAUUAAUGUUUAGCUUUGGGUAGAGGAGCCGACAGUAAUUCGGGAGUCAGCUGGUGGACGCGCCGUCAACACUGUGAGUAAUGUUUAGUGAGUCAUGUCUGCCGGCAGCACCGGCAGGCAGAGACGCAGCUCAGGGCCCAGCAGCCACCGGCCUGGACCCAGCCGGACCAGCAGCCAAAGGUCAUCAUAUGAGGAGCGCUGUGUGGAUCCAGUGGAAGACAGACUACCAAUCCCAGAGGCAAAGGCAGUCCACAAAGCUCAUCUGAAAGAUGUUAACGGAAAGGAGUCUGAGACCAUCGGCUUCAUUCCUGGCUCAGCUGAGCCUUCCUCUGCAACCCAAACCUGCAACCCCUGCGCUUCUCCCAGGAGCUGUAGGACUUUUAUAUGCAACGUGCUCACCUGCGGUCUGUACAGCAUUUGCCAGUCUACCAUCCUCGCUCCAUGCUUGGCACCAAAUGAGAGUUCCACAGAUGAGCCAGAGAAGGUGAGCCUGCAAGCCAUGAACACAGGAGACAACAAAGAAGAAGACUGGCUGGGGGAUGUCCACAUCGGUGGCGUAAAAGUGGACCGUCCAAGAGAAUAUUUAGAGACUGAAACUAAAUCAUACACGCUUUUGUCUGCUGGUCAAACAUCCGUCCAUCCGUCCCUGCAUGAGUCUUUGAGGUUUGAUGACUGGGAGGAUGGUGAGGAGAAUGUAGACUCCCUGAUUACUAAGAAGCUGCUGGAGCUCUACUCCGAAUAUCAAAUCGAAGAGUUGGCCAGGUGCACUUCAGACUCUGUGUUUCUGAGGAAGAGCAAGGCCAUCAAUCAGCUCAUCAACUCGCUGGCAGAGGAGCACAAAAUGGAUGAGCAGGAAGCUGAGUGCAGGCUGGUGCGAGGCAUCAUACGCAUCAGCACGAGGAAGAGCACAAAGAGGAGGCCGCCCACCUCCAGGAGGGAGAGGACGCUGUCGGACAGUGGCAACGAGACAAUGAGGGAGAGUGACUCCUUCUCAUUCAGCAACAACAAUGACUACAAAUCAAAUCCCAACAUCCAAAUAUCAGAGCUGACCUCCUCUGAUCAGUGUGCCAGGGAGAUGUGGAGGAACAAUGGAGGUCACACUUCUAGCUCUCCAAUAGCCUACUCACCCUCUCACACAGAGACUAAUUCUUCAGGUGUCCCACUGAUUCGCACCUCUGUCAGAACAUGAUUCCUGCUCCACGCUGACAAGCUUCUCUUACCUGACAUGCUGUGUCCACAAGGUCACACAUGGAUGUUGAAAGGAGACACUACUUGCACACGAGUCUCUGGCUGAGCCAAGCUCUUUGUAGAGACCAUGGCUUUGCUGUGGAAUAGAAAAUGUAAAAUUCACAUUGUCUGAAGGACUUCAGUGUACUCAGGGCUCUCUGUGUAGAUGUUUAUGAUUAGUAAAUAAUAUGUGUAUAUUUGAAGGAUUGAUUGAUUGAUUGGUUGUGAGUUUGCCCUGUAGACAGCCAUCACCAGAAGCUCCUAAGGCCAUUUCACAGGUUCUGCAUCCAGAUUUGUUGCCCAAUGCAUCUGUUAUUACUCCGCCAAGACAAAGUUAUGUGAUGGUCAGCGUUGGUUUGUCUGUUUUUCUGUGUCAAUUUGCAACAUUACUCAAAAACGCAUUUAUAGAUUUAGAUGAAAUUUUCAGGGAACGUCAGAAAUGACACAAGGACCAAUUGAUUAGAUUUUGGCAGUGAUGCAGAUUAUAGUCUGGAUCUACAAAUUUUUAAAGAUUUCAGCUGUCGGAAAUGAUACAGGGAAUGAGCAGCCUUGGUGGAGUACUGCGCUCUCUGCAUGCUUUUCUAGUCUGUAACUGCUUUAUCCAUAGAGAGUCAUGGGUGGCCUGGAGCACUCACAGAAGAGCCAUGUGGGCACAGGGAGAACAUACAAAUUCCACAAAGAAAGCCCCAACUGUUCAGUACGUUCAAAUCAGAACUUUCUUGCUGUCCGGCAACAGUGCUAACCGCUACUCCACCAUGCUGCCUCUUCAUACAUGACCUUUGCUGCAAAGAAAAAACAGUUACAGAUUGGGCCAUAGCACUGUCUGAUUAUUCCUGAGGUGUGCCAAACACUAUAAGGUUAUAGUCUGUGGCUGGAAUUUGUUUCCUUGCCAUCCGAAGCUUAGUGGACAGACCAAGAACAGAACUCUUUCUGAGAAUCAUCAGUAGAACGCAUCUACAAAAUCGAUGCUUCUCCAAAGUUUGACAGUGACUACUCAAUCACAGCUCUUAAAGAUGAAGUAUAAAGGUGUGAAAAAUGACUAAUCUUGUCACAGCAGUCCACUUGAUCACAAAUUUUGGGCGGCACAGAUUUUGGCAGAUGACAAAAUGUACAUCUCACAGAUCCUUGCAGACACGUGGAUGCAGAAAGGAUGAAUUGGCCUUUAAAUACUGUAUCACAGCUAACCGUCCUCUCGUCCUUGAAGGAUUUGUGGUAUGGAAACCUAUUACUCAUUUGUGUUGGUUUGAUUACUCUGGUUUGAUUUUUUGUUUGUUUGUUUGUUUUGCAUAUUUAGUUUUCCCCUCAUCAGGGUUUGAUUUUUUUUUUUUUUUAACAAAUGUGUUAAUUUAAAUCUAUACAUUGCUUCCAGCUCAGUUGUUGUGUAUCACAUAUUUACAGGUUUCUAUGUUAUGUUUUGAUAGUUUUGUUAAUUAUUUCAUAUUCAUGCAGAAGCAUUGCACUGUUCAAGGUGGCAAUAAUGUAAAAGGAUGAAGAUAUCAUAUAGGGUAGCUUCAUUUAGUAGCUCAAAAGUUGAAUAAUUAAUGUACUUAUUGGUCGGAGUUUUGUUUUUGUGCCUGAUUGUAGACUGAUUGUAAUCUGCUGAAGGAAAGGUUUGGUAUUGUAGGACAAAUGUUAACAUGAUUUCCUCUGGAGACUAAGAUGAAAACACUGAUAUCACCCUCAUGGCACCGUGCUACCGCCAGAUAGCUUAGCGUAAACGCUUGUCUUAAGGCAGUUUUAGCUCAGCAAAGCCUUUAAAGCUCACUAAUUAGCGCAUUGUGUCUCAGUUGUUUAUUUUGUGCUUAAAAACGGUUUCAUUUUUGUACUUAAUGAGAUACAUUAUGUUAUUUAGGGCAAUUGAAAGGCGUAUUUUGUUACCUCUAAGUCUUUUUCAAACAUGGGACAAAACUGCUUCAAAGUAACGGCGUUCUCAGACAUAGGGAUCUUUUAAAUUAAUGUUCUUCACGGAUUCAGACACACCACCACAAUGAUGUUGAGGUUCACAGUACACAUGCAGUAUUUGUCAUACACGAGAUUGUAAAAUACAUCAGUCGAUGCAUAAUAAUGUCUUAAUAAUCAAAAGACUAGAUCUAGACUAAUACAAGCUUAUCAAACUGUCAGGGGAACUCAUAGUAAAGUUCAGUUAUGAUUUCCUAAACGCUGAAAAUUCUCCAUGUGUGAUGAUAAUCUAAGCAAUACUUAUACUUAAUGUCCUGACAGGACUUAACCUAUGUAACAAGUGAUUUGGCUGCAGCUGAUAAACUCACUGUGUGACAUGAAGAAAAGUACAAAGUAUAAUUUCCUGUUAGAUCCUCAUCAGUCAUGUGUCCAUGUCAGGAAUUAUUGAUAAUUGUAAGUAAUUAGUGAAGUUACCGCUGUUGUUCCGUGUAAAUGUAUGCAACUCUCUUGCCUUGUAAACGGUCAUAUGGAUCCUGCUGUUCCAUGCUGCAGGUGUUUAAUAAACUCAGAGGAAAGACUCCUGCAAACAGCUGGAAGCAACAGACUGAACUUUUGCUCCCAUUAAUAUAUUAAUGUACAUUUCCGUUUAAGAUAGCUGUGAAAUUGCUAUGCAAAGUAAAUGACAAAAGUGUUUUAAGAUUUUGGCACACAAACGUCCGCUUUUGUUUUACUGUGAUGCUUUUGGAUUAAAAUUGAUGCUGAAAUUCGGAAAAGUCUCCCCUAAAAUCACUGCACACAAGUCCCAAGAAUAUGAAAUGCUAAAAAUGAUACAUAAAUGUUACUGGGUCUAAUCUAGUGAGAUUGCCAACUCAACUUCUAUGAAAAUAAGUACAUUUCUGAAAGGGGCUUUAGUCAGAGCUAUGCUGCCUGGUUUCAGUCUUUUAUGCUAAGCUAAGCUAAACUAAACUAACCAACUGCUUGCUGUAUCUUAUCUUUACCACUUAGACAUGAGUGGAAUUCUCCUCUUAUCAUAUUUCCCCAAAUGUACUAUUAGUCUUAUUCUUCAUUGUAGGAGAUUGAAUGUUUUUGAAAAAAAAUUCAAGAUUCCAAAAAUGCUAAAAAGUCUACCUUGAGUUGAUUUUUUAAUCAUGACUUUUAACAAUAUGGAGUUUGAUUUAUUUAUUUUCCAAAUCAGUCUAUUGUUGGUGUCAUAACACAAAGUUCAUAUGAAGCAGGUAGUCCUGAAGCUUUUCGGUAAACUGUGUGUCAGAUGCAUUCUGGAUAUUGAUUUGAUUGUGUCAUAUGUGCUGUCUUUCAAAUCUCAAAAUGAAAGAUGUUUGAGCCAGUGUGAACUGCAGCUGGACUUGAGGUGGUAUCAUGUGCUAUAACUUAUUAGUGACAUUAUCCUGAGCUGACUCAUGAAGUGAAUGUGUGUUUUCAUAUCAACAUACUUGCUAUGUUUGCGCCUGGAUCCUGAUGGGAAUUUGGCCAGCUGACUUACUGGAAGUUGUUUAGCUUUUCUUAUCAGCUUAUGGUUACAGUUGAUCAUGGACCCUAAAUGUACGACCCAGGUUCUGUCCUCUCAUAACCCAUUUCAUAAUCAAGGUGUAAAGAAUUUGGCUACAACACCAGUGUGGUUAGAAUGAAAUGGUGUGAAACUUGUUGCUCUGGUUCAGACCAAGAUGCACAACGUGCAACUAAAGUGAUCAACGGCUAACUUUAUCAUAGUGUUCUCUUUAGUAAACUAGUUGAGAUUUCUGUUAAAGCAUUUUUGUUUUGAUUUCAUUCACACACCACUCUAUGCUGUCAGGCCUCCGUAAGACAAAAGUAUAAAGCAUUAUACUUUGGCUUUUCUCUUUAUAUUUUCAGCUGAAAUGUCUUGUAGUGAAUUGAACUCACUUUCUUAACAGAUGCUCCCAUAUAAAGUCAAUAAAGUAAAUGGAGUGAAACAAAAAGGA